GAACUGCUGAAACCGCCAGUCCACGCUCUCUGAGCUAAUCCAAAUUCCACGCUGCUCAGUAAAUGGGAUUUGGCCUCUAGACUCUGAGUCCUGGACUUGUGCUCUGCAGAUCCCCUACAAAUUCCCCACCCACGUCCCUCAGCUGGGGCCCUCGCUCGUGCCUCUGUGGGGUCAAGGACUCUCCUGGCAUCCUGUCUGGUUGGUGACAAUUUACAAGGACUGUGUACCUCUUCCCAGCCCUUUGAUCCCUGACAUACAUUCCAGAGGGGAAGAACUUGCCCAGGACAGGCAACAUGGCAGCCAGCACAAAGUCCAACAAGUCACACGUCAUCUUCAAGAAAGUCUCCAGGGACAAAUCGGUGACCAUCUACCUGGGGAAGAGAGACUAUAUCGAUCAUAUCAGCAAGGUAGAGCCUGUGGAUGGAGUUGUACUCGUGGACCCGGAGCUCGUGAAAGGAAAGAAAGUGUUCGUUACGCUGACCUGCGCCUUCCGCUAUGGCCAGGAGGACAUUGACGUGAUGGGGCUGAGCUUCCGCCGGGACCUGUACUUCACGCGCACCCAGGUGUAUCCGCCUGCGGGGGCCGCAAGCGCGCCCACGAAGCUGCAGGAGAGCCUGCUGAAGAAGCUGGGGGGCAACACGUACCCUUUUCUGCUCACGUUUCCUGACUACCUGCCCUGCUCCGUGAUGCUGCAGCCGGCUCCGCAAGAUACCGGAAAGAGCUGUGGGGUCGACUUCGAGGUCAAAGCAUUCGCAGUGGACAACCCUGAUGUGGAGGAGGACAAAAUCCCCAAGAAGAGCUCUGUGCGGCUUCUGAUCCGGAAGGUGCAGCAUGCGCCACCCGAGAUGGGCCCGCAGCCCUGCGCCGAGGCCUCCUGGCAGUUCUUCAUGUCAGACAAGCCCCUGAACCUCGCUGUCUCCCUCAGCAAAGAGGUAUUUUUCCAUGGGGAACCAAUCCCUGUCACUGUGACUGUGACCAAUAACACAGAGAAGACAGUGAAGAAGAUUAAAGUAUUAGUGGAGCAGGUGGCCAAUGUGGUUCUCUACUCCAGCGAUUACUACAUCAAGCCUGUGGCCAUGGAGGAGGUGCAGGAAAAAGUGGCUCCAAACAGCACCCUGAACAAGACUCUGACACUGCUGCCCCUGCUGGCGAACAACCGAGAGCGGAGAGGCCUUGCGCUGGAUGGGAAGAUCAAGCACGAGGACACCAACCUGGCCUCCAGCACCAUCAUUAAGGAGGGCAUAGACCGCACCGUGCUGGGCAUCCUGGUGUCCUACCAGAUCAAGGUGAAGCUCACUGUGUCGGGCUUUCUGGGAGAGCUCACCUCCAGCGAAGUGGCCACCGAGCUUCCCUUCCGCCUCAUGCAUCCCCAGCCGGAGGACACAGUUUACAGGAUGAAAAUUUGGUUUUCGAGGAGUUUGCACGCCAAAAUCUGAAAGAUGUGGGCGAAGGUGGGGAAGGGAAGAAAGAGGAAGAGGAAGCUGCCCCCGAUGAGUGACCGGCAGCUCGAAGCUGGUGCAGGGCCUGUAGUUCCCGUGCUGCGAGCGAGCCUCAGAAUCGUGCUAGCUAUGGAAAUAGGAGUCUUCCCUUCAGAAAUAAAAUGUGUCCCUGCACCCGGU